CAGAGUUCAGCUCCCUGGAGGGGCGCCGGAGGGACGGCCCGCGGGAGGGUGCUCGAGGAGGGAGUGCUGGUUGACACCUGGAGGAAGGAGCCCCCCCCGCCGGGGGCUGUGUCAGGGGAGCCGAGGUUUUGGGGGGACAGCUGGGGUGGCUGGUAGGCAGACCCCUGAAGGCUGGAGGAGGUACUUCUUGGCACCAGGCCUUGGAAAGUUCAGGAGCCCUGGAAAGGAGGAGGAGUAAGACAGCAGGAGGAAGAGAGAGAGAGGAUUCAUGUUAUGUAGCUUUGUCUGGCCCAGAAUUCAUUAUAUACACGGCUGUCUUAAACUGGAGAUGGUCUUUCUGCUUCUGCUUCCUAAACGCUGGGAUUACAGGUAGAAUGGAAGAAUCUCACUUCAAUUCUAACCCAUACUUCUGGCCUUCUAUCCCCACAGUCUCAGGACAGAUUGAGAAUACAAUGUUCAUCAACAAGAUGAAGGAUCAGCUGUUGCCGGAGAAGGGCUGUGGACUGGCGCCACCUCACUACCCCACUUUGCUGACAGUGCCUGCCUCAGUGUCCCUGCCCUCUGGCAUCAGCAUGGACACAGAGUCCAAGUCAGAACAGCUGACCCCACACAGCCAGGCAUCUGUGACCCAGAAUAUCACAGUGGUCCCUGUGCCAUCUACAGGACUGAUGACUGCGGGAGUCUCCUGUUCUCAGAGGUGGAGAAGAGAAGGGAGUCAAUCAAGGGGUCCUGGUUUGGUAAUCACAUCCCCCUCAGGCUCUCUUGUGACCACAGCCUCAGCAGCUCAGACCUUCCCCAUUUCGGCUCCCAUGAUUGUCUCAGCUCUUCCCCCCGGCUCACAAGCCCUGCAGGUGGUCCCUGACCUCUCUAAGAAGGUAGCAUCAGCCCUAACCGAGGAAGGAGGUGGUGGUGGUGGUGGUGGAGGUGGCAGUGUGGCUCCUAAGCCUCCACGGGGCCGCAAGAAGAAACGGAUGCUGGAAUCAGGGCUGCCUGAGAUGAACGAUCCUUACGUUCUUGCCCCUGAGGAUGAGGAUGACCAUCAGAAAGACGGCAAGACCUAUAGGAGCGAAGGGAACUGCGGCACAGGAAAUGGACAGAGCCUUGGGCUCAUGGAUUCAGUUCCCGGCUCCACCACGAACUUGCUGUGUGACCCUGGGUGCCGGAUGUGCUCCCUGACCUUCUACUCGAAGUCGGAGAUGCAGAUCCACUCCAAGUCGCACACCGAGACCAAGCCCCACAAGUGCCCGCACUGCUCCAAGACCUUCGCCAACAGCUCCUACCUGGCCCAGCACAUCCGAAUCCACUCGGGGGCCAAGCCCUACAGCUGUAACUUCUGUGAGAAGGCCUUCCGCCAGCUCUCCCACCUCCAGCAGCACACCCGGAUCCACUCCAAGAUGCACACGGAGACCGUCAAGCCCCACAAGUGCCCGCACUGCUCCAAGACCUUCGCCAACACCUCCUACCUGGCCCAGCACCUCCGAAUCCACUCGGGGGCCAAGCCCUACAACUGCUCCUACUGCCAGAAGGCCUUCCGCCAGCUCUCCCACCUCCAGCAGCACACACGAAUCCACACUGGUGAUAGACCUUACAAAUGUGCACACCCGGGCUGUGAGAAGGCCUUCACUCAACUGUCCAAUCUGCAGUCCCACAGACGGCAGCACAACAAAGAUAAACCCUUCAAGUGCCACAAUUGUCAUCGGGCGUACACAGAUGCAGCCUCGCUGGAGGUGCACUUGUCCACGCACACGGUGAAGCACGCCAAGGUGUACACCUGCACGAUCUGCAGCCGGGCGUACACGUCGGAAACGUACCUUAUGAAACACAUGCGUAAACACAACCCUCCCGACCUCCAGCAGCAAGUGCAGGCGGCGGCGGCGGCGGCAGCGGUGGCGCAGGCCCAGGCGCAGGCCUCCCAGGCAUCGCAGCAGCAGCAGCAGCAGCAGCAGCAGCCACCGCCACCCCACUUCCAGUCCCCUGGGGCAGCACCCCAGGGUGGGGGUGGUGGAGACAGCAACCCCAACCCUCCGCCCCAGUGUUCCUUUGACCUGACCCCCUAUAAGACGGCGGAGCAUCAUAAGGACAUCUGCCUCACUGUCACCACCAGCACUAUCCAGGUGGAGCACCUGGCCAGCUCUUAGAGAUCCGUGCUGCACCCACUGGGAAGAGGAGAAAGAAGUCUGGUCCCUUUCUUCAACUCUUGGUGGGAAAGUUCUCUUCUUCCUUUACAAACAAGCCUCGUCUCCGUGUCCUUGGGCCUCAGGCAUGGCUUUCCUUCACAAGUUACCUUCCUUAUUCUCACCCACUCUUCAAAAGGAACGUCAGCCUUCCUGAUUGGCAAAGGGAUCCGGAGCUGUUGGUGUCAUCCAGCAGCCCCCUUCCAAGCAAAGCUGUUAAAUAUUAGGGGUUGGUGCUUAAGGGAAGGAUCUACUAUGACCUCACAGGACUUGUCCAGUGUAGGCACUUACUCCCUCCUAUCCCUCAUCCAAGUUGAGGCUGAUAGAAGACUAGAGGCUGGCCCUCUCAAUAACAGAAGGGAGCCCUAAGAUCAACCAGCUUCCCAUUCUUUGCUUGCCUGCAAAAAAACAAAAAACAAAAAAACACACACAGGUUUUGCAUGUGUCCCAACCCCUGGGAGCCAUUUUCUUCCCCUCCAUGUCUCACUUCACUUCCUAGCUGCUGCUGGUAGGAGGAAUUGGGUGGCGGUUCUACCCCUAUUGGUAGGGGCAGUGGCUGAGGUGUGCUCCCAAGGGGCCUGAAAUUCCCCAGGUGGCUAAGGGUUGCUUGGAAGUAGGUUACGAUUCUCCUCAGAGCCUCCCUCCUCUGCCAUCCAAGGCCCUGUACUCUCAAGUCUUCCCCACUCCGACCUGAGGAGCUGUGGGAGCGUGUUCUCUCGAAGCCCGAGGACACGGGUGCUACAGAGGGAAGAAUCAGGGCACGCCCGAGGACUGGACUUAGCUCCCUAGGUGCCACGGUCAGAUGCUGGACAUGGAUUUAUAUAUAAAUAUAUAAAUAUAUAUAUAUAUAUAUAUAUAUAUAUACAAGUAUAUAUAUAUAUAUUCCUGCUCAUCACGGCCAUCUUUGUUGUAACCAUUUCUGUGUUUAUAAAUGCAUUAUCUCAGAAUUUUCA